UGUUGCUUUGUUUAUUUAUUUUAUGGAAAAUUUGCGUUGCCAUAUUUCCAUGCAUUUGAACAAACAUAUCUAUACACAGUGGUGAAAGGCUCUAGUCUUGAGCUUAGUAUCAACAAAGGGCCAUUGUCUUGAAGAUGUCUCAGCCAAUUAGUGCAUCAGAUGGGGAGUAUGAUGUCAUUGUGAUAGGGGCGGGGCUUUCCGGUCUCACAGCGGCUUAUCAACUUAGAAACACUAUCCCAGGAUGCAAGGUGAUCGUGCUAGAAGCAAAAGAUAGGAUUGGAGGAAGAACCUUAACAGUGCCGCUCAAAUGCGCCGGUGGGACUGACUAUUGGGACUUAGGAGGACAGUGGGUCUGCAGAACCCAACACCAUAUUCUCUGGCUUCUGAAGGAAUUGGGAAUGGGACAAUACCCUCAGUUCACCGAUGGUACCAAACUCCAGCAGAGCGGGAAUAGUGCAAAGCCAAUGAUUAGAACUUACGAGAGUGAAAUACCGUCGCUGCCGCUUCAUGUUCUUCUCGAUCUCCUCAAUUUUGAAAGAAAGGCCGAUAGCCUUGCACGAGAUAUACCCUGUGAUGCGCCAUGGAGAGCCAAAAAUGCAGAUGAUUAUGACAGCAUUACCUUUGAACAAUUUCUCGCCAGAGAAACAUGGACACAAGGGGCCAAGGACGUAGUGGAAGGAGGCUUCGAGGUCGUCAAUGGUUCUCGAGGCAGGGGUCACAGCGCCCUCAAUUAUCUUUUCUAUAUCAGUUCGGGCAUUAGCAACAAGAGUCUCUACGACAACAAGAAUGCUGGAGCACAGGAGAGUAAGAUAAAGGGAGGGGCACAGCCCUUGAGCAUUAAACUACAAGAAAGACUUGGUCAGUCCAAUGUCCUUCUCUCUGAACCAGUGGUCAGCAUUGACCAAAGCUCAAGGUCAGAGGUCAAAGUCCGAACCCUCUCAGGGAAAUCCUUCACCUGCAAAUACGUCAUCAACUCAAUCCCCAUGAACUGUUCAGUGUCUAUACAAUACCUUCCAGAGCCUCCAUCAAAAAGACAUAUGUUUAUAGGUCACACAAAAGUUGGGAACCUGUUGAAGUUCAUCGCAACGUACAAAACAGCAUUUUGGCGUGACAAAGGCUACUCUGGUGAGAUCUUCAACAUGUCAACCAAUGAUGGUAGCAACUAUCGAGGACCGUUGCUCUAUGUUGCAGAUGCAACAUCACCUAACGAUAGUCCUGCCUUAGUUGGGUUUAUUAACAACCCACUAUAUUGGGGCAACGUAGAGGAUUGCAAGAGAAAAAAUGCUAUUCUGCAGCACCUUGCAACAUUUCUGGGAUCUGAAGCUUUGACACCAAUUGACUUCAUGGAGAAGCAUUGGGCCAAAGAACCUUACAAUGGGGGAUGUCCUACAAAUAUGAUGAUGACUGGUGCUGCCGAGUACUGGGAUGAAAUCAGAGUGCCUUUCCAUCGAGUACACUGGGCGGGUACCGAGACUGCCACGCACUGGAUGGGUUACUUGAGCGGCGCUGUACAGUCCGGUCUACGAGCUGCAGAUGAGAUAGUCAACAUGCUUACAACCUCUGAGGAAUCAAAAGGCAACAGUUCAGAUCUACUGCAGUCACUGGACAAUCUAGGGGAUGUAGACCGGAGAUCAGAGGUCAGCUGGACGAGUUGGGGAGUGUCGGGGUUGUGGACCUUGGGGAAGAUUGGUCUGGGAUUGGUUGCGGCCGGUUUGGUAACUGCUGGAGUUCAGGCUUUGCUACAAGCAGAUUGAUGGGAGACCGAGGUGCUGCGAGAAGAUUUUAGUAAUGUGAAUAUAUUUUUUUAAUCAUUACUUUGGAAUAGCGCCAAUUUCGUAAACAACAAAUAUUAGAAACCGCUAAAGUAAGUGAUUUUAUUUUAAAAAAGCAUUUUAAAGAAAAUGAAGUACAUCGCAACCUUUAGGUAGAUGAUGAUUUAUUACUGGCAGAGAAGUGCCUGAAUAUCUCCAUAUUUGAGCAACGAGCUAGGCGCCCGAAUAGCCUUCCAUUUGACAGCGAGGUGCCCGAAUAUGUAUUAUAAACUUCAAACUUCAUAUGUUUUAUAUCGAAAUUACCACACUCGUUCGCUUCAUUCGCUCACAACUUUUAGAAACAGGAUUAUUCUGAGCAAUAAGAAUAAGCCCAAAUCUCCUCAUAUUCGUGCCUCAAAUUGACCGCACAUAAUGAUUUUGUUAUCCAUGUAUUUGGCAGCAAGGUGCAUGUACGCUUAUUUCCAUAUGUGUUGAUAAUAAAGUAAUUUUUGAAUUAGAUGUUAAAGGGAUCCGGUAACGUUGUCUCGGAUUCUAA